GAGGUUAUGCUUUCUACUAACUAAAAAAGUGUUAUGCGAUUGAGGAUUGAAGGGUCUAAGCCAGCCGAAAUAAUAAUAUUGGUAAAAUAAGAAUUUAAAAUUAUACAAGAAUUACAAUCAUGUUAAGAAAAAGUUUACUUACCUUGGUUCGUCAGUCGGAAUGUGCAAACAUCGUCAAUACCCGGAGCUUGUACUCCGCUUCGGUAUUGGGUUUAGAUGGCUAUCAAAACUACCGGGAGAAAACUAAAACGCAACACAUGCACAAUGUCGAUAGUUUUAAACGAAAGAUGCGAGAAUUUGUGGACGGUUCCGCAACCAACAUGAUCUUUACGGAGGACCUCAAGAAUAUUGUUCACCUAGUGGAGAACACCCCCGAAGACAAGAAGCUGCUUCUGGAUAUGAUUGACAAGUACAACUCACAAGGACAGGAACUACGAUUCGGAAACUACAUUUUCGGUCCGGUGGUGAUGCGGGCUCUUUACUUCAUGAAAGACCCACAACUGGCCCUGCAGCUUAUCAAAGACGAAAAAUACAACGGCUUUUUUGAUCAGUUUGCUUCCUACCAGGUUCUGGGCGAUCUUUUGUACGAGCAUGGACUCUACCCGCAGGUUCGAGAGCUGUUCGACCUGAUCAAAGCGCGCCAAGUUCAAAGUGGCCGCUAUCCAAAACACUCGAUUACAUUGGCGUUUGCCGCCUGUUAUAAGGAAAACAGUCAGGAAUCUUUCCAGUAUGCCAUGAGUUUAUGGAAGGAAUUAAACGCAGUCGGACACUUACCGAUGAGAAAGGCAACCGCGUUUGCUGCCGCACUGGCGCUAAACCACAAUCAACCUGGAAUUGCGCUAGAAAUUAUCGCUACGUUAACCCGAGGAAACUACGUGACAAUAAGACAAAUUAAGGUUUUAGCCCUUACUGCGUUGGGACGUUUAGAAGAUCUGUUACCAAUUUUUCGAACAGUGUUGGAAAUCGGUGGACCUUUAGAAAAGAAACAGACAUUCUGCCGGGAAGUGGUUCAGCAACUUAAGGAUACGUUAGCAGCUUCGGAGUCAGAGACGCUACAAGAUCUACAAAGGAUGCUGGAGUACCUGACUAAGAAUGGUCACAUCACCGAUAGUACAUUGGACGAGUUGCUAUGUCAAGAAAUUGUGACUUCUGCCCCAAGAAGGGAUACUUAUAAUAACUUGGCAGAGAGUUAUCACACUCGAGGUGGUACCCAGCAGUUCAGAUCAUUUGCACCUAACAGAACGCAAAGGGAACGUUUCUCCCGUCCUGGGUUAUCGGAUAUGAAUUAGCAAUGGUAGUUUUUUUUUAAAUUUAGCAAAACAAGACUAUAAAUAUUGUUCAA